AUGACACAAACUUCAAAGGCUUUGACAUCAGCAGAAAUCAUCAGCUCAAACACAGUUAAAACAUCUACCUCUAUACCUCCCUCAAAUGCCACUGUCACUGUGACAACACCAUCUACAACUCCUCAGUGCAGAGAUGAGGACUGUCAGUGUGACAGGGGAGAGUGUAUAUUCAACACGACACUAGGCAGAUGUCACUGCCAUUGUCAAGAAUCAGUCUAUGGAGAUUCCUGUGUUUUUGGACAGAACAACACCAACCCUAAUAUUGAUACCGGAGCAAUACCAAUUCGACAAGUAAAUGUUAUGUUGAAAAUCAACAUGACUUUUGUGGAUGCUUAUUCUAAGUUAAACUCACCUGAGUCAUUGAAGUUCAUCAAUACGUUAACAGAGGAGCUCGAAGCCCUGUGCAAAGAAGCGGAUCCACUGGCCUUUAAAAAAGUACAAAUCAAAAAAUUAAUACCAGGAAGUGUUGUUGCAGAGAGUGUAGCGGAGUACAACUAUCUGAACAAUGAAACACAAAUCCACUAUGUCAACACUGAGCUACAUGGUGUGUUGACCAACAUUUUGAAUGACACAAGCAACCUCAAUAAGAUUUCUCGGGCAUUUGGUAAUGCCACUGUGCAGUUAUAUGGACUCACCUUCCAGUCACCUGAGAUUAAAAAUAUCACGGACCUGAAGCCUUUUGUUAACUGCAGUCGGUUUGCCAAUUACACUGCUGAGAUUAAUAAUGGUCAAUGGCAGUGUUUUGGACCAUGCAAAAUAUACCCUGAUUACUGUCAUCAUCAUGGUGAAUGUCUGAACGAUAUUUACAAAGGGCCCAUUUGCCUGGAGACAUUUACAACUUCAUCAUCCAUCGAGUCACAAUCUACAUCUUUUACCACGGUGACACCCACAGGAACAACUGAAUCAAAGGUGUCAACCUCAACUCUCACCACAAAUGAAGUUACCAAGAGUACCAACUCUGAUCAUUCCACAACCGAAUUUCCCGACAAGUACAGAGGUAUCAACCAGUUUACCUUCCAGAAUCCCAACAACCAGCACUCACACAAACACAACUCAGCUUCCACCAAGCAGCCAGUUAUCAUCUACAACAAUAAUGUCCUCACCCACAGAGACACAGUCUACAUCUCGGACAAUGGCAACACCCACAGGAACAACUGA